UAGUUCUUCCGUACAGAAAAGCAUGGGAAGCGUUUAGGGAGAAAAAUAUUCGAAAAAAAAUCGAUCAAAACUUAACAGAUUUGUGUCGGUAUGUCGAAAAAAAGAUGCGAAUAUCCUUGUAGAGUAGAAGGAUGGUUAAAUAUAUGCGACAAAGAAAAUCCUGUAACCGACCAAACCAACUCCAGAUGGCGUAACGUUCCAGUCCAAACGAAACAAGACCACGGGUUACCAUGGAAACCGCAUUACUGCGUCUUACUUCAAGACGAUUGUACUUUCACCCAUUAUCCAACCGAAGAAAUGAGUAUUGGAGACAGACUUUUUGUUGAUCUACCGAGAAUAAGACUAGAUGGAGGUAGGCAAGCUUUUAGAAGACGUUGGGGAUACGAUAUAUCGGGUCCUCCACCCCUCCCCGAAGAAGAUGAGGAAAGCGAGUUGUCAGAAACGACUUCACUUCGAGACGAAAGACUGCUGCGAUUUUCUUCGUUCGAAACCUCUUAUGAGAAAGCAUGUUCAGAUCGUAGAGGCAGUGCUCCAACUACUCCUAUUCUUGGUCCCAGAAAUAUGGAUACAACACCUUCAAGAAUAGUGAAUUUCUUCUCAAAGCGUUCCUUCAAAACCAACCCUCUAAAACGAACAAAAAGUGUUACCAAAUUAGAGAGGAAACGAUCCACUAUGGAUGGAGAUAGUGUUCCACCGUCUAGACUAAGGACAUCAAGAUCCCAUGAAUCAUUAUUACAAUCUAGUCCAGGAUCUCUUGCAACCCUAGAUUUAUCCCAGGGAGAUGUUCAAGUUACAGCAUUACAUAGUAGUUUAUUAAGACAAGAUCAUUGUUUUCAACUUACCUCCAAUGGAGGUACUAGAUAUUAUACUUGCAGAACUGCAGAGGAACGGGAUAAAUGGGUUCAUAGUCUCAGGAGAACUAUUCAUCCAAAUCAAGAUAAUGUUAGAAGAACAGAAAAUUCCUUGAAAAUUUGGAUACUUGAAGCUAAAGGCGUGUCUGGUAAAAAAAGGUACUUUUGUGAAUUGUAUCUGGAUAAAGUAUUAUAUGCUCGUACCUCUUCAAAAUUAAAGAGUGAUAUGUGUUUUUGGGGAGAAAAUUUUGAAUUCAACAAUCUGCCAAAAGUCAAUACAAUAACAGUCACUUUGUAUAGAGAAGCUGAUAAGAAGAAAAGACGUGACAAAAAUUUUUUAAUAGGUUCUGUAAAUAUUCCAGUAAAUACUGUAAAUAAUCGUCAUUUAUUAGAAAAAUGUACUAUUUUGGAAAUGCAGUAUCUAAAAACUGAGGGAAAAUUAUUAUGUGAAAUGUUGGAACCUGUUAUUGGAGUUAGAGCUAAGGAAGAUAUCGCUACUGCUCUAGUGCACAUAAUGCAUAAAGAAAACAUGGCGAAAGAAUUUCUUGCUGAAGUUGUGAUGGCUGACAUUGACAAAUUAGAUGACCAUCAUCUCACUUUUCGGGGCAAUACUCUGGCAACUAAGGCAACUGAAGCAUUUAUGAAAUUAUUAGGGGAAAAGUAUCUUCAAGAUACAUUAGGAGGAUUCCUAAGAGCAGUACUUGAAUCAAAUGAUGACUGUGAAGUUGAUCCAAUGAAAGUGUCCAACAAUACUGUGCUUCAAAAGCAACAAGGAAAUUUGAUGACAUUUGUUGAAAUGGCAUGGGUGAAAAUAAUCAAUUCUUCUACUUACUUUCCAAAAGAAUUACAAGAUGUUUUCCAUGAAUAUCAAUUAAGAUUAUCAGCUAUGGGAAAGAAAGAACUGGGCAAUAAUUUGAUUAGUGCUUCAAUAUUUUUGAGAUUUCUCUGUCCAGCAAUUUUAUCACCAAGUCUUUUUAAUCUAACACAAGAAUAUCCUCAAGGACGAGCUGCACGUAAUCUAACUCUAGUGGCAAAGACUAUUCAAACAUUAGCCAAUUUUACAAGAUUUGGUGGAAAAGAAAGUUUCAUGGAAUUUAUGAAUGAAUUUGUAGAAAGAGAAUGGAGUACAAUGAAGGCAUUUUUGCGACAAAUAUCUAGUCCAAUAGCCAAAGAAUGUUAUCGUCCAACAGAAUAUGAAGGAUAUAUUGAUCUUGGUAAAGAGCUAUCUAUUCUCCAUGGCAUUCUAAUAGAAUGUGUACCUCGAAUCAAUCAAAAGUGUUAUCAGGAUCAUGCAGCUACUCUUCAGCAUAUUUUAGAAAAAAUAACAGUCUCAUUAUCGUCAACUUCCAACAAUAAUCAGAUAUAUCAAUCAUUUUUGGAAAACAAAUCUAAAGAAACAAAUGUAAAUUCCAUUCAUCAUAAUAAUAAUAAUAACAACAACAACAACAACAACAAUAAUAAUAAUGAAAUGGCAUUGAAUGUUUAUAAUAAUAAUAGUGAAAAGAAUUGCUCAUCACUUAACAAAGUUGCACCAUCUUCACGAAAUACUUACUUAUUGGGUAGUAGCAAGAAACCAGCUUCAGACCUGUCUACAGCUGACGAUUAUGUUCUCUUCAGUGCUCUGAAUUCUGAUCAUUUUCACGAAGAAAAAGCUUCAAUGAAAUCUGAUGAUCCAAAGUAUUUCAACAGUGAAGAUGUUUUCUCCCAGAAAAUGAAAAGCCAACUAGUCCACAUACAGAAUUCUAUGUUUCAAAGAGUUAAUUUUUUAGAGAAGAAUGAAAUAAAGAAUCCAUCUAAUAUUAGCAAGAUAUCUCCAGUUAACAGAAAUCGUAGACCUCUUCCAGUAAACCAUUUUCCAGAGAGGAUGCCAAGUAUUGAAGAUGAAGCAGUUACGUCAUCAGGGGAAAAUGAUCAUCCCAAUAUAAAAGACAGUCAAUUGUCUAUAAGUCAACUGUCCACAGUGGCCUCCUCUGGCUACCAAUCAUUUGCAUACAGCCAAUCUAGUUCACCCGUGGACCCCGUUUUUCAACAGGAGACAUCUCAUCAGUCAGCAACCUGCCUUCCUCCUCCUCUUGCCUUCAGUAACCCAAUGUAUCAUUUCCCUUCCAAUAGUCAAAGCGAAGAAGAAAAAUAUGAAAAUAAUAAGGAAAAAGUUCAAAUGAAUAAAAUAUGUUCAGAUACUGCUGCCAACUUCAGUACCUCUACAGAUAGCUCUAGUUGUGGUUCUACCCCAAUGAGAGAACGGAGAAAUCCAGUAAAAUCUCCUCUAAGAACCAGUCCAAUGCAUACAGCUACCAAAUCUCAUUCUUCUCAUCUACAGAUACGAUCUCUUCCUCAUUUUGCCAGAAGGUGCAACCGCAAUGAAAAUAAUCAUUUUUAUGGUACAACUGGAAGAAAACAUCAUUCUCUUCACAAAAAGUUUGAAGAAUAUAAUGACAAACAAAAUCAUACAGAAGAUUCAGAACUAGAUACUGAUACAACAAAUGAACGAAAUUCAAGAAGAUCACAGAAAAGGCUAAAGUAUCGUAGUAGAAGAGCAAAAAGUGAAAGUUCAAAUGGAAAGUCAAUUGAAGAGGUUGCAUCUCUCCUUGCUUCUACUCCAUUCGUUUGUUCUUUUCUGCAGCUGUCCACAGUGGCCUCCUCUGGCUACCAAUCAUUUGCAUACAGCCAAUCUAGUUCACCCGUGGACCCCGUUUUUCAACAGGAGACAUCUCAUCAGUCAGCAACCUGCCUUCCUCCUCCUCUUGCCUUCAGUAACCCAAUGUAUCAUUUCCCUUCCAAUAGUCAAAGCGAAGAAGAAAAAUAUGAAAAUAAUAAGGAAAAAGUUCAAAUGAAUAAAAUAUGUUCAGAUACUGCUGCCAACUUCAGUACCUCUACAGAUAGCUCUAGUUGUGGUUCUACCCCAAUGAGAGAACGGAGAAAUCCAGUAAAAUCUCCUCUAAGAACCAGUCCAAUGCAUACAGCUACCAAAUCUCAUUCUUCUCAUCUACAGAUACGAUCUCUUCCUCAUUUUGCCAGAAGGUGCAACCGCAAUGAAAAUAAUCAUUUUUAUGGUACAACUGGAAGAAAACAUCAUUCUCUUCACAAAAAGUUUGAAGAAUAUAAUGACAAACAAAAUCAUACAGAAGAUUCAGAACUAGAUACUGAUACAACAAAUGAACGAAAUUCAAGAAGAUCACAGAAAAGGCUAAAGUAUCGUAGUAGAAGAGCAAAAAGUGAAAGUUCAAAUGGAAAGUCAAUUGAAGAGAAUCAUUCUAUUAGAUUAAUAACUGUGGAAGAGGAACUCCGUCGAGAACAGCAAGAGAUGCAAGAAAUGAUUGCCGUCAAGCAAAAAGUAAUCGACGCACAGGAAAGGAAGAUACAGAGUCUAGAUUCUGCCAACACUCGUCUCAUGACUGCUCUGACACUGUUGAAGGACAGGUAUCAAUUGCAAGGUAGAAACGGAAUAUCCUGUUCGCCGCCAACAGUUAAAAUGGCUAUAUUAGAAAAUGGUGACGGAAAAUACAAAAGCAGCUCGUGUUGAACGGUACAUUUUGAAUUUUUAAAUUACGCAGCCAACCCUGUCAUUUUACGAGUAAAAACUUCGUGGUUCGAAAUUGUGCCAGAGAUCUUGUAAAUCGAAAUAGGAGAAAAAUGGAGCAGUUUGACAUUGAUAUGGCUAACUUCAAAGUAAAAUUAAUUGAAAUUUUAAAUUAAAAAACAGUCUGUUAUAGUCGUGGUUGUUAGAAUCGUUCAUCUGAUAUUGCUCAAAUCGGAACUGCACAGACUAUUCUCUACAGGAGAACAGUUACUGAUGCGUCAUAUAGAUUUGCAAUUAGUAUUAUUAUUAAAAAGUCAUUGUGUAGGUCAUAGAAUGAUUAUCACAAGUCAUAAAAUUAAAUAUUUUUCAGAAUUUAUAACAAAAUUUAAAUGUAAGUUCCUCUAAAGAAUGGUGUCAAAUGUUUUUUUAUACUUUAAAAUUAGUAAAAAUGUACGUACCUUACAAGAAUACAUAUUGUUAUUCUCAGAAUGAAGUUUUUCUCCAGGGAAGUUGAUACAAAGUACAAAAAACAGUUAUGAUUUAACAAGCGUGACAGUCAAAGUGGCGAUUCUAGUUUGAGAAAUUCGAUCCCUCGAGACAAAUUGUAUCGACAGAAAACUACAGUUUUAGGCCAUUUUUUGAAUAAGACCCGCAUUUCUUACAUAUUAAAUUAAAUUUGUUAAGACGGAACGAACAUUAAAAUUUCGAACGGAAAUAGUAUUAAAAAAAAUGUUGGCUUCCAUUUAUAUUAUUUCGAUACUUUGUUGUUGUUAUCAUCAUCUAUCGAAAUUUAAAUCACGUAUAUUUGAAUUUGAAUAACGAUUUGGUUAUUAUGCCAGAUCUCGCAAUAUGCCCCUCAUUACAGUUACCCCCUAGAGUUCUUCAAUGCAUACUUGAAGUAUUUUAGAAACGGCUCACCGCGCAGCUUUAUGGCACAUUUUACGACGUACAGUACGUGAUAUAUUUUUUAGUAUUAAAUUCGCAACGUGUAUUCAUUGAUAUAUACAUAUAUAAAUAUAUAUAUAAAUUGCUCAAAUAAUAUUAAACAAAAGAUGCACUGUAAAGAGUUUAUCUUCUAAAUCACCUUGCCAUUAUCGAAUCUAUUGUAAUAUUUCUUUUGUAUUAUAUUAUGCAUAAUGUGAUGUAUAUAGUGUUUUCGGUUCUUUGUGUUAUCGUUUCAUUAUUUAAAAAACCUCAUAUUUAUUUGUCAUAAAAGUAUAUAAUCUCGAAAAAUGUAUAUGGAUUAUUUGCACCUGUAAAUAAAAAUAUAUAUGAUAUAGAUAAAAGAAUAACGAUUGUUUUUGUGUGAAUAAUACGUCUUUUAAUUUAAAACUGACUUGAAUCUCCAAGAAUUACUAAAAUCAUUACUACACAGAGCCCGGAAGCCAUUCAAUUCAUCAUCAAGAAUACUUAGUUCGUUAAGUACAGUUCUUUCUAAUGAGCCUGGAGCGCUCGCAACUCUUUUGCAGUGAUUUGUAGUUUUCUAUUAAAACACUGUUUUAUGGAUAUUACAUUAAGGAAUAUUUAUCUUAUUGAUUAU